UUUUUUUGGAACGCUCGAGCGCGCUUUGUUUGCCUGUCCCUAGUAGACUGUUCAGGAAGACGACCCUCUGGCCAAUCGUCCAGGCAGGCUCUAAACUUGGACAUCGCUUGAGAUGGUGUAAGCGGGAGGUACUCUUGCAUUCGCAUCAGUCGAACCCACUCUUCCGUCGCGAAACGGCAGCCAGUCGGCCGCGCUCUUAGCGAAGGUGACAGACACUCUUGCGAGAGAGCGACGCGUCGCAGACCAACGCCCUCGACCGGCUGGCUACUGCUCGUAUCAGCAGCGGCCGCGACUAGCGGAGACGGGCUUGGGUCCAACGCAAAUUGUACAUCGUAAGGGACGAGACCCUUGGGUAGGGUGACAGGUGGCAAGGAGAGCGACAGGUGGCACACCAUCGGACCCUUGGCGAGAUCACACGACGUGACCCGUGCUUCGCGAGAGGAGCGGGAGUAGCAGGCUAGGAUGACCCAAGUCAUCGACCGGCGGCAUCAGCCCGGCCCGAGCUUUAUGCCUGCCUCGACCACGCCUUCGCCAAGCAAGGCGAAAGCAUCGUCCCCCCAUCCGAAAGGAGUAUCUGCUUCGGCCGGCAGCAAUGGAGGAGCAGGUUCAAGACCGUGGUCAGCGAUAGACGAUGUGGCGAUCCAACGGGGCCAGGCUUUCAUCGCCGAGACAAAGAAGAACCCCGUGCAGUUUGUCAAGAGCAACUACAAGGCAGUAGCAGAGGUGCCUUAUCCGGCCAUUAAUGAUCCCAAGGUCAUCGAGGAGCGCCGCCGGCUCAAAGAACAGGCUGCAGGGCAACGCAAGGGAAGCGUGACAGCGACAGGACCCAGAAGAAGCGAUGAGAUGGCAACCUCGGAUCUCUCCGAGCCCAGCUCGUCUCCCAAGGCGCAGCUCAAGACCGAGGUCAAGGACAAGAAGCCUGAUCUGUACCCUUACAAAAUACACUCGAUGGCACCGACAGGCCUUGUUCGAGACCGGGGAGUCGGCCUGCACAACAAGGGCAACACCUGCUACAUGAAUUCGGUUCUCCAGUCUCUCGUCCAUCUCCCGCCGCUGCUCAACGCGCUAUUGACGCAGGACGACGAAAAGCUCCGAGGCCGCUUUGGCUCCAACGUCCAGCGCUUCGACGCCCUUGGGGAGAUGGCAAGUCUGGCUAAGCGCCUUCUCGGCAAACAAGGCUCAAGCGGCUACGCCGUCUCGCCCACUGCAUUCUUGACAAACCUCAAGAGCUACGCCCGCACGCUGCGACCAUUUCGACAAGAGGAUGCGCAUGAGUUUCUCCGCUUCCUCCUUGACGCCAUGCAAAAAUCCAGUCUGAUUCGCGCGCCAAAGAGUCUCAAGCCCGCAGAUCCGAUCCGAGAAACGACGCUGGUGCACAAGAUCUUUGGCGGACGGCUUCGCAGCCGAGUGCAAUGCCAGGUGUGCAAGCACAACUCGGACACCUUUGAUCCCAUCUUGGACCUCAGCCUCGACAUUCGCAACCUUCCCUCCAACACUCUCGGCUCGGCCCUUCACAAGUUCACAGAAGUGGAUCACUUGCGGGGAUCGGAAAAGUACAAAUGCGAAAAGUGCCGCAAACCGGUAAAUGCCACGAAGCAGUUCACCAUCGACCAGGCGCCACGGUGUCUCACAAUUCACCUCAAGCGAUUCACCCUGACUGGCCAGAAGCUCAGCAAGCAGAUUCAAUUUCCCGAAAAUUUGACCUUGGGCAAAGAAGUGCUCUCCGAAGGCGUCCGACCAGCUCACUACACGCUUCGAUCAGUCGUCCACCAUCAGGGCAGUGGUCCCAACAGCGGGCAUUACAUUGCCAGCGUGCGCCACACGGCCGGUACCUCCAACAAGUGGUUCGAAGCAAAUGAUGACAUUAUCUCCUCGCUUCGAGGUGCCCCCACGGGCUCCAGCAGUGCCUACAUUCUCUUCUACGUCCGACGACCCGAAGAUACCCUCAGCGAGGCGGUGGGAGCUUCACCGUCGUCUUCUGCUACGAUGCAGAGAACCAAUGGCACUGAUGGGAAGUUCAGAAAGACAGACGGUGCGCUGACGCCCAAGACGAAGCUUGCAUCUUCACCCUCUUCCUCUGUCGACUUGGGCCAGCGCGUCGAGAGGCCAGGCACCUAUACGCCUGCGUUCAGACCUAUCGCUCCGUCUGCACCGGCCAAUGCCUCCUCGACGCCAAGCCCGUCCUUCUCGAAGCUCAUUGAUACACCAGUGGUGUCUGCUUCGGUGUCCGGCAACGGUGGCGCUGCGUCACUGAAGAAGAGACCUGCGCCGUCAGACGAAGCGGAUGACAGCGACGACGACGACGACGACGACGACGGCGCAGAUGAUCUGGGCGAGCCCAUUGGAGAGCACGUGGCUCGAAAAGAGGAAGAUGAAUACGAGCCGCUAACAAAAGCUCCGGGCGCGGCGCCGUCGUCGCCGUCGCUGAUCAGGAGCAAGAAGCAGCGAAGACGUGAGCGACAACGGCUAGAAGAAGAGGCCAGGGCGCUCGGCAGAGGAGGCGGUUCCUCGCCGUACCUUGUCGGCGGGCUACAGCAACAGCAGAAGCAAUUGAAAAAGAAGAAAAAGAAGAGAAAGAUCGACAUGAUGAAAUCGAGGGCAUGAACGGCUGGGCCUCUUUCUUCUUCCUCGGCUGGCUUCCUCUCAUGACAUGCAUGGUCUCUCUUCAUUGCGUCGACAUACACUAAUUCGCAUUCAUACAUUACUGUUACAAUUACAUUGUUCAUCGUCG